CAUUUAAGUUCGCUGUUUUUGUUGCCGGCAUUAUCAAGAGCUGUAAGAAACCGGUUUUAUUUACGGACGGCUUUUGUUGGUUCCGUUAUAUUCUGCCGGAGCAAGAAAGUAGAAUACGUGUCAGUGGAACAACAACAGUACUGCGGCAAGGGUUGAAGUCUUCUUCUUGUAGUCCUUCUGCCCGGCGGUGUAAACCUAGGUUAACUUCACUUCUACAAGAAUUUAUUCCAGCAGUGCACAUCUUCACCUCUAGUGACGACUUAAAUUGUACUAUUAAGUCAACCAGUGAUAUUGUGCGUCGAUCAAUUCAUACACAGAAUCAAAGAAUCAUGCCAGAAAAGAAAUUUUUCGAGCGGCUUCCCAAAACGGUGACUCCUAAGAAUUAUGAUUUAUUCUUGAGACCUAACUUAUCAAAGUUUACAUUUGAAGGAAAAGAGAUAGUGAAAAUUGUGAUAAAUGAACCUACAAACAAAAUAGUCUUGAAUGCUGCUGAGUUAGAUGUUUCUCAUGCGGUAUUGACCACUGCAGACGGAUCUUUGUUGACACCGAAGCGACAGAUUUCUGUAGAAAAUGAAACGCUUACUUUGGAGUUCGGACAAUCUCUCGCUGCCGGAGAAGCCGUUUUGGAGACUCAUUUCAGCGGAACUCUCAAUGACAAAAUGGUUGGCUUCUACAGGAGCAAAUAUACUUUGGGCGAGGAAGAGAGGUACGCGGCCGUCACGCAGUUUGAGUCGACGGACGCUCGGAGGUGCUUCCCUUGUUGGGACGAGCCUGCAAUAAAAGCCACUUUUGACAUAACCCUCGCCGUACCACAACAGAAAGUUGCCUUGUCCAAUAUGCCAGAAAUUGAAGACAGGAUUGAAGGAGAGGAGAGAAUUGUUAAGUUUGGAACGACCCCGAUAAUGUCGACUUAUCUAGUAGCAGUGGUCGUUGGAGACUUUGACUACAUAGAAGACACUUCGAGUGACGGAGUCAAAGUGAGAGUUUAUACCCCAGUGGGGAAGAAGGAGCAAGGAAGGUUUGCUCUGCAUGUUGCCACUAAGGUGUUGCCAUAUUACAAGGACUACUUCAACAUCGCUUACCCUCUGCCAAAGAUGGACCUGAUUGCCAUUUCUGAUUUUUCUGCUGGAGCCAUGGAGAACUGGGGUCUAGUGACGUACAGGGAGGUCUGUCUAUUGGUAGACCCAGAGAAUACUUCCACUGUUCGUAAACAGUUCAUCGCUUUAGUCGUCGGACAUGAGUUGGCUCAUCAGUGGUUUGGCAACCUAGUUACUAUGGAGUGGUGGACUCACUUGUGGCUCAACGAAGGUUACGCCUCAUUUGUUGAGUUCCUUUGUGUCGCCCAUCUGUUCCCAGAGUACGACAUUUGGACACAGUUUGUCACCGACAUGUACAUACCUGCGCUCCAACUGGACUGUCUCAAUAACUCUCAUCCUAUUGAGGUUCCUGUUGGUCACCCAAAUGAAAUUGAAGAGAUUUUUGAUGACAUCUCUUAUAACAAAGGAGCCUCUGUUAUCAGAAUGCUUUAUCACUACAUUGGAGGUGAAGACUUCCGUAAGGGCAUGCACCUGUACCUGACGAGGCAUCAGUAUGGCAACACGUUUACUGAGGACCUGUGGGCUGCGCUGGAGGAAGCCAGCAAGAAGCCGGUGGGUGACGUCAUGUCUACAUGGACCAAACAGAUGGGCUUCCCUGUCAUCUCUGUUGAGGUUGUGGGACAGGAAGGCAACUCUCGCACAUUCAAAGUGUCUCAGGUCAAGUUCAGAGCCGAUCCGAACCAGGCACAGCCAGACAACUCGCUGUGGCUUGUUCCGAUCAGUUUUGCCAAGUCAAACUCUCCUUCAGAGUCCUGCUUCACCACCAUAUUGAGAGAAAAAGAACUCACAGUUACACUGCAAGAUGUCUUUCCUACAGACUGGGUAAAGCUGAAUCCAGGCACAGUUGGCUACUAUCGGACCAAAUAUCCUGCCUCAAUGUUGGAACAGUUCAAACCAUCCAUACAAGACAAGACCAUGCCUCCUUUAGACAGGCUGGGGCUGCUGGACGAUCUCUUUGCUCUAGUACAAGCAGGACAAACACAAUCUGUUGAAGCGUUAAAACUUAUGGAAGCCAUGGACCAAGAAGACAACUACACAGUUUGGUGCACAAUUGCCAAUUGUCUAGGAAAACUGCAAGUUCUUCUGUCCAAUACUGACUUUGAAGACAAAUUUAAACUCUAUGGACUUGGACUUCUAAAGAACAUUGGACCGAAACUUGGAUGGGAGGCGAAACCCAAGGAGAGUCAUCUGGAUACACUGUUGCGAUCGCUGGUGCUUAACAGAUUGGCCUCGUAUGGAGACCAAGCUGUGAUAGCCGAGAGCAAGGCAAGAUUUGCUCGCCACCUCAGCGGAGAGAGCCCCAUCCCUCCAGACCUGCGUGGUGUCGUCUACAGAGCCGUACUGUCCGAAGGUGGCGAGGAAGUGUACGACACGAUGAUCAAGCUGUACAAAGAGGCUGACCUUCAUGAAGAAAAGUCUAGAAUAAGCAGUGCGCUGGGUAACCUCAAGGACCCAAAACUACUCAGCAAAGUAUUGGAUUUCUCUCUGUCGCCUGAUGUGCGAGCGCAGGACACAAUCUACUUUAUCAUCUCUGUGGGUAUGAGCAAGCAAGGGCGAGAUCUGGCUUGGAACUUCAUCAAGGAUAAUUGGGACACAUUUGUCAAAAGAUAUGAGGGUGGCGGUGGCACGUUGUCAAGACUGGUUAAGCGGACGACGGAGAACUUUGCGAGCGAAGAGAAGGCCAAGGAGAUUGAACAGUUCUUUGCAGAUCGACACGCGCCGGGCUGUGAGCGCAGCAUACAACAAACCUACGAGAGCAUCAGAGUGAACGCGGCGUGGCUUGCUAGAGACAAGGUGUCCAUGCAGGAGUAUCUUACCAAACUGUGAAUCGCCAUUCAUUGCUGCGUGAAACCAAAGGAGCAAGGGUAAAGUUACCCAGAACUUAGCACUUGUUGUUUUAUUAUUUUUGUUUUAUUUUUGAAUACACCACGAUUUGCUCUUAUUUUGUUACCAGCUCUCAUAUAACUAUGGUUUGCUCACAUCCCUAAUACUGAAACUAAAUUAAAAGACUUGAAACAGUACCUUUUGCUAAUUUCUGCAAACAAAUCACUUGUAUUGAUGUAUUGUUGAUGUAAUUGGUGCAAUAAAAUUUAAGCUGUUAACGAUCAAGGUAUUGUAUUAUUUAUCUUAAAAGUAUUGUCUUUUAUUUAAAUUUAAGCUGAUUUCACCUAGGCUUGCAUUUUAACAAAACAAUGUUUGCGUUUUGCUUUGCUCAAAGUUUCAGUUUAGUUUUAAAGAUAAAAAUCUAUUGAAUCAUUUAAUAUAUUUUAUAGCAUUAUUUGUUCACUUUUUAGGUAAUUUUUGUUUAAAGCUUACUAAAUAAAGUAACAAUCCAUAUAUAAAUCCCAAAGUACCCAUGAACUUUUGAGAAAACUACACCCCCCAUAAACCAUAUACUUAAUGUUCGUCAUGACGAGAAACCUUGCACAAAACUAUCCAUUAUUUCAUAAAUUGCCCUUUAAGGUUGUAAUUCCUUUCUAAAGAGAACUUUCCAUAUACCUAAUGUUAAAAAUACCUCAGUUGUACUUAUUUGUUUGUUAAUUCUUUCAAUUUAUUACCUUAUUGAAAUCAAGUGUUGUGAUUUGUUUGUAUUACUGUAUCAAUAGUUUUAUUAAUUCAACGGGGUGAAGCUCGUGGGUAACAGCUAGUACUUUAUAAAAAUUGUUCAACUUUAGUAACCUUUAUAAAUGCAUUUCUCAUGCCAUAAAACUUGUGCUAAACUGAUUUAAAUCCUAAGGUAGAAAAUGCUUUUACUGCAAGUAAUUUUAAUAAUGUUAAUGGAAAUUUAUAUUUUAAAUUUGAGUUUGUUUUAAUCAAGAGGCCUACUUUCUUUUUUAGUUGUUAAACAUUAUCUCAAACCGCUGGUAGAAGCUCUUUAUGGUCUUGGCAUUUUGACUGAAUGUUAGUCAUAUUUUUUAUACAAAGUUUCUAUUUUAUACUCGAUUUAGGUGUGCUUAGAGUGAAUCUAGACUGAAUUUUUGUAAGUUGAUGUACAUCUUUUAGAAGGUCAUAGGUUUGUAUAAUCCACCUAUUUAAUCUUGCCGUGUUACCAAGAAAUAAGUUUCUAUCAUAAACAAAAAUGCCCCUAAAUGGAAGUGUAUUCAUAGUCAAAAUCAAUGUACUGAAUUAUGUAUCUCAUAGUCUGAUUUAAGUGUCAGUAGAGUCGAAAUUUGAUAAUCAAAGUCAUUUUUAGCCUAGUAUUUGAAGUAGAGUUCAAUCUAGUAUUUGACUAUUACCCAGGAAAGAAACCAACAACGAAAACAGUGGUUUUAAUCAUUAACAACGCUUGAGGCAUUAAAUUUUGCACUGCUAUUUAUUUCUCUGUUGGACUGACCAAUAUUUAUUUAUUUUAUAUUAAGUACAAACAAGUGUGUGUUGCAGAACUGUUUUGAUUUGCUUGUAAAUUAUUUUGUUGUGAAAUUUGUAUUAAAAUUGUGUUUAUCUUUUGAAA